GCAUUGUAGCUAAACGAGCAACACAGAACGAAACGACAGCACCUGGCACAGUCCUCCUCCUCGCGUGCUCUCACGCGCCGACGCAAUACUCUUCCGUCGCCCCCGUCAUUGCCUCUACAGCCGUUCUCGCUCGUUUUCCGCCGACCACAGUUCUCUACCAAACAUCCAAAACCCUCUGACUUCUUCUCUGUACCAGCUUGCAUUAAACCCUAACUCUCUCUCCACAUUUCGAAACUAUGGCACCAAAUCCCCAUAUCAAAAAAGCAUAUAAAGCUAUGAAGGAUCUUGGAAUAAAUGAUGCGCAGAUAAAGCCCGUCUUGAAAAACCUUCUCAACCUUUACGAUAAGAACUGGGACUUAAUAGCCGAUGACAACUACAGGGCACUCGCUGAUGCUAUCUUCGAUAGCCAAGAGACUCAGGCUUCUGAAGAGAAAAAAGGAAAGGAGAAGAAGGCUGACGAAGCUGAAGGCAGCGCUGCAGAAGUUGAGAGAGGAAAGAGGAAGGCGAAUGAAUCUGUAGACGACGAUGAAGAUGCCUUGGAUGAGCCUGAACGCCCUUUAAAGAGGCUGCGGCGCAGAGGUGAAGCAGGCUCUGCUUCGGCUUUCAACAAUCCCAACUUGGGAAGUCCCAGCUCAAAAGAGACUACAGCUCAUGACCAAGAAACGACGCCUGUCUUGUUGCCAGUCCAUCCUCUACCAACCGAAAAUGACCCUGAUGCUGAUGCGCUCAUUAUGCCCAAAGGCGAACCCUUUACAGAUAUUCCUUUCACUUCUACUCAUCAAGCUGAGAUGGAGGAAACAAAUGGACAUCUGGAACAGCGAGAUGGUGCAGUAGCUACUCAUACCAUUCCUACAACUAUUGAGAGAUCUAGUGAGCACAAGCUAGCUGCUACCAUAGAAGGAUCUUCAACACUUGCAUUAGUUUCAUCUCCAGCAGGCAAAGUGAAGAUUAAUCUGAGUUUUGCUCCUGCUACUGGGGGAUCCAAUUUGCAUGCACCUUCUAUGGAUCAACUACGAAGAGCAAUGGAGGAUGUGUGUCUCCGGCAAUACAAAAUACUGGACCCUAACUUUUCUGUUAGUCGUUUUUUGAACGACAUCGCUAGCUCCUACCUGGAACUGGCAACAAAGGAAGAAAAACCAGCCAACCAGUUGCCAGAAAACUUGCCGUCUGUUACCACAAAUGCUGAUGUAUUGAAGAAAUCUGCGGCAGCUAUGGCUUCUACUGCUGAGGGCAGUAAUGACCUGGCAACAAAGGCGAGGAAUUCAGCCAACCAAUCGCCGGAAAACAUGCAAACACAUGAUCAUGUGCGUGAGGAUGAAAACAAUGGAGUUGGUGAAUCCGUGGGUUUGGUAGUUGUUCCCGAGUGCCAGAUUUCUGCGGAUGAGUUUAGAGUGAUCAGCAGCGUCAGUGACAUCACCUUUGGAAAAGAAACAGUUGAGAUUCCUUGGGUGAAUGAAGUCAAUAGCAAGGUGCCUCCACCUUUUCGAUACAUAGCCCAAAGCCUUGUGCAUCUAGAUGCUGAAGUGAAGUUUUCACUUGGGAACAUCAAAGCUGACGAACACUGCUCCUCUUGCUGUGGAGAUUGCUUGUCUCCAUCAAUGGCAUGCAGUUGUGCUACUGCGCUUAGUGGUUUUAGAUACACAAAAGAUGGCCUCCUGCAGCAAGAUUUCCUGGAAGACUGUAUCUCCGAGGCCCAUGAUCCGCAGAAACGUGUGCUGCAGUAUUGUCAAGAAUGUCCAUCAGAGAUUGCCAAAAACGAGGAGACUCUGGAAGCGUGCAAGGGGCAUAGAAAGAGGAAGGUCAUCAGAGAAUGUUGGAGCAAUUGUGGCUGUACCCAGAAGUGUGGCAACCGAGUUGUCCAAAAUGGCAUUCACAUUAAGCUGCAGGUGUUUUUCACGUCCAAUGGGAGAGGUUGGGGACUCAGGACUCUAGAAAAGCUGCCGAAGGGGGCAUUUGUCUGUGAGCUUGCUGGAGAGAUAUUGACUAUUUCAGAGUUGGUCCAACGCAGCUCUGAGAAACUUACUUCUCCGGUAAUGCUGGAUGCACACUGGGGUUCUGAAGAAGUUUCAGGUGUCAACAAAGCUCUUUGCCUUGACGGAACGCACUAUGGAAACAUCUCCAGGUUCAUCAAUCACAGAUGCGGGGAUGCAAAUUUGAUUGAGAUCCCAGUUCAUGUGGAGAAUAUGGACUUGCACUACUAUCAUCUCGGGCUCUUCGCAACAAGGGAUAUCGAGGCCAUGGAGGAACUAACCUGGGAUUAUGGCGUGGAGUUCAACGAUCAUGUGUAUCCUACGCGUCCGUUCCAUUGUCGAUGUGGUAGCGAGUUCUGUCCGAACGUUAAGCGGAUCAAGAAAAAGAAGUCGAAGAAGAGGCAUGAGAGCUCACAGUGUUAGUUAUUUAGGAUGUGUGAUGGAUGGCCAAAUCUCUCUCUAAGAAUGCAUUGACAAAAUUUUACCCAAAAAAGCUCAUUUAUUGUCAAUCCGACUAAGCAAAUAAGUAAAGUCAGUCGGUGGAUCCAUCCAUCUGUCGGGUUAGAUUAAUCAGUGAUGAUGCUUUUGUCUUAAUAUUUUGUGGUAACAAGCUUUUGAAUAUAUCUGAACUUAGGUUCUGAUGCUAUGGCUUUGGUUUAACCAUAUAAAACCUCUCUGUUUAUAGAUGAUUAUGGUUUUUUUAGACAUCAUAUGGUUAUGGCUUUGGUUUGAUCUUAAUAGUGUCUAUUUCCGUAUAUGGUUUAGAAGAGAAUCUUGAAUUAAAAUGGCUAUGACUUUGGUUUACCAUGAUAAACAUGUCUCUCUAUUCAUACACAAUUUACAAGAGUCUCCCAUGAAGAGUAACGGUUCUCUUCUCUAAAGUGGUUCUCUUCUCUCUACAUGAACAGUAUUGGAGAAGGUUUAUCCACAGUUCAGAACACGAUCAGAGCUUUGACUUAUUACAUAUAUAUACAUCGGCUAGGUAGAGGUUUAAACCGCAUGCUGUGCUUCAACGGCUUUACCCACCGAGUCUCUAUGAUGAAGAAUCAAGAGAGAAUCCUGAUCGCCAGAUAAAGAAAUGGCCGGUUGGAUUCCACUUGCGUUUAGAGGAAACAGCGUUUUGUAGUAGCCAUCCAUUAUAGCGGGAAUAUCACAAGUAGCCGCAACACCAGGAAUCUGUUUCAACAACAACAACAAACGCAGAAUAUGAAAACGCACUUCUGAACACAUUAUACUAAGCAAAGAAGAUAUAAACCUUUCUUUAGGGACAUACUUGGUAAAUGUCGCGCAAAUAUCCGUAGAGAUUUGUGUACUCAACGAGCUUCUUCUUAGUGCAUUUGAACAGAAUGUUGUAAACAGGAUCAAAACGAAUCAGAGUUGUGAAGAGACAAACAUCAGCCAGUGUCAACCUUUCUCCACACAAGUAUCUGUUACUACCUAAGUGAUCUUCAAUCUCAUCUAAGGUACUAAAAAGUUCAUUUACUGCUCGAUCAUACGCCUCUUGACUCUGCGCAAAUCCACACCU